CUCAGGAUAAAAGGCAAGACAGUGCCACACCAGCAGCCACACUGACAGGAUUUCUCAUUGAACCAGGGGGUGACCAUGACGUGCUGUGAGGGAUGGACAUCCUGCAAUGGAUUCAGCUUAUUGGUUCUACUUAUAUUGGGAAUAGUUCUCAAUGCAAUUCCUCUCAUUUUCAACUUUGUGGAUGAAGGCAAAGUUGUUCACAACCCCAACUCUUGCUUCGAGUGGUGGUUCCCAGGGAUUAUAGGAGCAGGUGUGAUGGUCAUUCCAGCAACAACAAUGUCCUUGGCAGCAAGAAAAAGAGCAUGCUGCAACAACAGAACUGGGAUGUUUCUGUCAUCACUUCUGAAUGUAAUCACGGUCAUUGGUGCUGUGUAUUGCAUGUUGGUAUCUAUCCUGGCUCUCUCGGAAGGUCCUCUCAUUUGUAACUCUCAAGAGAACAGCACUUUCAAUUGUGAAUUUUCAUUCAAAAAUUUGACUGACAUUGACCCAGACUCCUUCAAUCUGCAGUGGUUCUUCAGUGAGUCUUGUGUCGCUCCUCCUGAUUUUGAUGAUCUCACCAUCAAUGGCGUCACAGCCAGUGACUGGAGAAAUUAUACCUUGAACUUCGACUCUGAAGAAAACAAACACAGGGUGAUCCAUUUCUCGGUGUUUUUAGGCCUACUACUCGUGGGGAUUCUGGAGCUCCUGUUUGGGCUCAGUCAGAUGGCCAUCGGUUUCCUUGGAUGUCUGUGUGGGGUCACUAAGCGGAGAAGUAGAAUUGUUUAGUUUCAUGGUAAUAAAAUGGAAAUAUUAGCAAUUUUGAAUCAUUUGAGAAUUGCAUUUAAAAGACACUCCUUGGGGUAUCUGGGUGGCUCA